CGUUCUACUUCCCUAAAUCGGAGAGGGCGGAGCCUCGCAACACAGACGGGGCGGUGCGAAACCCGCUUCCAUCAUCAUCAGCAACAUCACACUGGAGCUGCAGAGAUCCGCCGUGUAAGAGCGUCGCAAGCCGCGUCGGCCAUUGACUGCACAUCAGACUUCAGAUCCGCUGGAGAUGGCAGGGAUCCUGGCGUGGUUCUGGAACGAGAGGUUCUGGCUCCCGCACAACGUCACCUGGGCUGACCUGAAAAACACAGACGAGUCCACCUUUCCACAAGCCGAGGAUCUGUACCUGGCGUGUCCUUUAGCAUUCUGCAUGUUCAUGAUCCGGCUGGUCUUUGAGAGGUUUAUUGCGAGGCCAUGUGCACUCGGUCUGAAAAUCCAGGCCAACGGGCCGCAGAAGGCUCAGCCCAACGCCAUUCUGGAGAAGGUCUUCACUGCCAUCACCAAGCACCCCGAUGAGAAGAGGUUAGAGGGUCUGUCCAAGCAGCUGGACUGGGACGUGAGGACCAUCCAACGCUGGUUCAGACAUCGACGCAACCAGGAGAAGCCGAGCACACUGGCGCGCUUCUGCGAGAGCAUGUGGAGGUUCACGUUUUACCUGUACAUAUUUACAUACGGCGUGCGCUUCCUGAAGAAGAGCCCGUGGCUGUGGAACACACGAGAGUGCUGGUACAACUACCCUUAUCAGCCGUUAACUGUGGAUUUGCAUUACUACUACAUACUGGAGCUGUCCUUCUAUCUGUCGCUGCUCUUCUCGCAGUUCACAGACAUCAGAAGAAAGGACUUUCUCCUGAUGUUCCUGCAUCACGUGGCCACCAUCUCUCUGAUCACCUUCUCAUAUGUGAAUAACAUGGCUCGGGUGGGAACGCUGGUCAUGUGCCUGCACGAUGCUGCCGACGUCCUGCUGGAGGCUGCUAAAAUGGCCAACUACGCCAAAUGCCAGAGACUCUGCAGCGUCCUGUUCGUCAUGUUUGCCCUGGUGUUCAUCAGCUCCAGGCUGGGAGUGUUUCCUGUAUGGAUUUUAAACAGCACUGUGUUUGAGAGCUGGGAGAUCGUGGGGCCGUACCCGUCGUGGUGGGUGUUUAACGUGCUGCUCGUCCUGCUGCAGGCCCUGCACACCUUCUGGGCGUAUCUCAUUGUGCGCAUCGCCUGCAGGGCCAUCUCCAGAGGAAAGGCGGGAAAAUGGAAUCCUUUACGUGUGUCAAAGGAUGACCGCAGUGACAUUGAGUCCAGCUCUGAUGAAGAUGAGGUUCUUCCUCCUCCUCAGAAACACCACACUAACGGGACCAACGGCACCAACGGCUACCUGUCCUCGUCCCCGUGCCCAGACGAACACUAACCGUCCGCCCAGCGUGGAGGAUGUUUCCCCGAGCCCCUGCUGCAUUACUCUCUGUUGUGUCAAAUCUUGUAUGAACAUUACCGGUCCCGCACUGGAACUUCUCAAUAAUGUGUGAAUGCGGUUCUGUUUGGUCGCUUUUCACCUUUUCCCUCCAGAUAUUUUGUGUUCUAUUGGUCGGCUUAUGUUUUUGUGGUUGUUUAUCCUGCGACAUUCGUUAUCGAAGCACUUUUUAGAUUCACUCGAGCAAGAGAAUGAUUCUUUCAUAAACACAUGAGCAUGCUGCUGCGCUCAAGUAUUCUGGCAUCAUGGGAACAGAUUAGUGUUAUUUUCUAUUUAGUCAUUUUUGUAUCUUUAAUAAAUUAGCAUUUCUGUG